AUGGAAGACCAAAUUUCAAAAAUUUCUGAUGCUGCUAAUCGAAUGCGUAUUUCUUCAAUUGAACAAACUGCUAAAGCAAAUUCUGGCCAUCCAACAAGUAGUUGUAGUGCUGCUGAAAUUAUUGCGACACUGUUUUUUUCUGAAAUGCGUUAUUCGGUUAAGGAACCUAAACAUGCUUCUGCUGAUCGUUUUGUUUUGUCUAAGGGUCAUGCCUGUCCGAUUCUCUAUGCUGCUUGGGAAGAAGCAGGCUUGUUAACUCGAGAGCAAGUUUUGACUCUUCGCAAAUUAACUUCUGAUAUUGAGGGACAUCCAACUCCGAGGCUUUCAUUUAUUGAUGUUGCUACAGGCUCUCUUGGACAAGGACUUUCUUGUGCUGCUGGAAUGGCUUAUACUGGCAAAUAUAUUGACAACGCUUCAUAUCGUGUCUAUUGUCUUUUGGGGGAUAGUGAGAGUGCAGAAGGAUCUGUUUGGGAGGCUGCAGCAUUCGCAAGCUAUUAUAAAUUGGAUAACCUCGUUACAAUUGUUGAUGUUAAUCGACUUGGACAAUCUCGUGAAACUAUGCUUGGCCAUGAUUUGUUUACUUAUGCUAAACGUUUUGAAGCUUUUGGUUUUAAUAGUAUUAUUGUUGAUGGACACGAUGUGGCUGAUUUAUUGAAAGGUUUUGAUGAAGCAAGUCUUGAGGGCAAAUUGAAUGACUUUCUCCCAUUAGAUUACCUCCAUUGGUUAUUUGCCCUCUUGUUUUCCUUGUUAUUUUUUGGUUAUGUUUUCUAGUUAUUCUUCCGAAUUAGGACCAAUCCCACACCUCACUUUUAAUUUUUGCUGCCAUUUUAUUUUUUUCUUACUUG